GUACUCAUAGUAUUGUCCUUCUGGCAUGCUGUGAUGCCAGGUAUGUUUUUACAGUUGUUGACAUUGGCAGUGCUGGGCGAAAUUCUGAUGGAUCUGUGUUCAGUAACUCAACCUUUGGAAAUGCUCUGGCCAACGGUACUUUAAGGCUACCUGCACCUGCAACUCUUCCAAAUUCAAAUGGGACACAGUGCCCCUACCUCUUCACUGCAGAGAUACCUUUGCACUCAAAGUUUGGUUGAUGAAACCCUACCCAGGGUCUUUGCUGUCUGAAACAUAAGAAAGUAUUUAAUUACCGCCUUUCAAGAGCAAGACGUGUAAUCGAAAAUACCUUUGGCAUUGCUGCUGAAAGAUGGCGAGUGUGGAGAAGACCAGUGGUAGCUUCCCCAGAAAAGAUUACAAGUAUUGGGAAAGCAGUAUGUGUAUUACACAACUAUCUCAUGAUUGAAGAAUUUAACGUCUCACACGAGGCCAAACGUUACUGCCCAGUUGGGUUUGUUGACUCAAAUGAUAGGUAAGUAAAGCCCGUAAGUUAUAUUGAUCAUUUUUAAAAAUUUACUUUUCCACCAAUCAGGUUUCAUAAAGAAAAUUAACAAGUGUAGAGUUCCACUUUAAGAUAUUAUAGUGGAACUCUGUGCUAUAUAUACUUUGAGUUUUCCUGAAUGUCUUCAAGACCAGGUAUUAAAACUUGCAUUUCACUAUUUCAUGGCAGGUUUGGAAAUCAUGCAGCAGGAGGAUGGAGAAAUGUAACUGUUGGAGAUACUAGUAUGGUUCCCAUUCACAGGCAGAGUGGAAACAAUUACACACGUGAUGCCAAAAGGGUACAAGAAAUGCUAGCAGAAUAUUUCAAUGGAAAUGAUGGAGAGGCCG